AUGAAGUUCCUCUCAAAUCCCAUCCUCCUCCUCUCCCUCCUCUUCUUCUUCUCUCAAGCAGCCGCCGCCUUUAAUAUUGCUCGCCUGGUGCAAUACGCAGCACCUCUGGCGCAACAAGGAGUGCAAUAUGGAGCGGUCGUGGUUCAAGCCGCUGGCACGCCUGCAGGUCUUGCAGGUCUGAGUCUCGGUGUUUCUGCCAUUCCGUUAUAUCAAAUAGGUACAAACCGAGGCUGGUAUCACUUCUUCCAGUCCUCGAGCCCCAAUCUCACCGACUUCAGCCCUCCAGUGGAACAACUCACCUUCGACGAACCAACCGAGAAAGACGUUGACGUCUCUGAAUGGCUCGCACCUACCAAAACGGUCAUAACCACCACACAAACCGUUGGCCAAUUUCCGACCGCAACAACUUCUGUGAUCCACUACACAGUCGUCUAUUCUGGCAAGGAGGAACCCGUCAUGGAAGUCACCUCUGAGGUUGUCGAUGUCAGCACCGACACUCCAAUACCAUCCGACCAGUGCCUAAACAUCCCUCUGGCCUACUUCACACACCAAUCGAUCUGUCCUGCUGUGUUUCCUGUCCUGCACAAGAAGCCGUACAGACCCGACAACUCAGCUGUUCUACUGCCAGCUGCCCAACCAGAUGACGACGCGCCGUAUUUACUGGCAGCCGUCCGAGUCUUGUUGACAAACAGUCCUGAUCCAGCAACGAUCAGUUCUUGGUUUGAUGUCGUGUACGACUUCAUGAUCGAAUUCCAACACCAGAAAGGAGAAUUGUUCGUGGUCCGGGUCAUCCAGGUAGUUUUGUUAGGGUGCAUAGGGUUACUGGCGCUUGUGAAGUCCAUAACCUUCACAAUCCUCAAACUGUGCGAUAUGAUCUCGAGUUGCUUCUACAUGUGUCAUCAAACUUGGAAUACCAGACGUGACAUGGCAUUUGAGAGGAACACCGAGCGACUCGAGCGACGCGAAGCCCUUGAAAUUCGUGCCCAAAUGGCGAAGUUGAGACCGCAAGUUUACGUACAAGAGCAGCGUCAGCAUCUAGAGCAGCAAGGAACGCUCGAGCGCGAACAAACAGCGCGUGCAACAAAAAUAGCUCAAGAUGAACAAUAUGAGCCACUUGAGCACAAUAAUGCCCUCGCAAGAGUCCAGCGAAGCAGACAGACUGUGAUUCUGGAAGAAGACCUGGAAGAUAUCAAGUCCAGCCGGGCAAUCCAAAGAGAAGUUAGAGGACAGGAGCUGCGCCAAGCACUGGCAAUUGACAAUGGUCCAGCACCAUACCUUCAAAUCGAGAAUAGACCAGACUCUUCCGCAGGUGGUCAUGGCGGAAAGGGCAAAGACAGAGCCAUCGAGGGUCUUCCCGGUGGUGAAUCUUCUGGAUCGAACACAGCCAGUCAAGUUGAUGGCCCAGAGCCGACGGAUGAUCAAGACAAGAAGGACGCGAUCGGGUCCAAACCUGCCUCUGAGAAUGAAGAUGAAAACUCAGAUGACAAAGGCGACAACGAUGACGACGACAACGAUGACGACAGCAAUCCACCACCUCCAGGUGCAGAGAGUCUAGUCCGUCGAUGUCUCCCUCUAAUGCCUGACCUCGAUGAUGAAAGCGACGCCGAGAGUCCCAAUUCUUCUCCCAAGCAAUCAAACGUGGCUGCUGGGAAACGCCGAGCUGAGACUCGAACCGUAUCUGUUGGCAAUGCUACUGUACCCCGUCUAUUGCAGCGUGUGGAAGAUUUCAAAAAUGAAGCAUACCAGCAGAAGCCGCGCCUGAAAAAAUUUAAGUCUCGGGAUUUUAGCACUGAAUCGUGUUCCGAAGGCGAGAGCGGCGAAAAAGAAGGAGAAGCUCAAGACCUAACUGCAAAUGACGAUGAGACACAGCAUCCUCCGGAAUUGUCAACAAAUGAAGAAUCCCAAAGAUCUCCAGAAGCAGAGACUUCGAAUACUGCCCCGAUUAGUGCCGAUAAGUCCAACAGAGAGGUCUCUAAAUCCACAGGAGAAGACCCUCAAUUGUCUGUUGAGUCAGAACUUGAAAACGAGCAGAAUGGAACCAUCUCUCCAAAGCUUGAAGAUGGCAAUACAGACGCCUCAGCUCAAGCCACUGUCGAAGAAUCUCUUCAAGACGAGGCUGAGAUUUCUACUGAGGAGGAAAAGGAGUUCCCCGCCCAGACGGAGGGUGCUGAACUUACUGAGGAGAUCCAAGAGGCCACAUCUCUCGCUGGAGCCCACGAGCAAGAUGACAAACUGGUCGAGAACACCACAGAUGAGACAAAUCCAUCCGCCACAACCGAAACCGAGCAAUCUCCGGCAGCGCCAACUGGAGACGAGGCUGAGGAGAUCGAUUCUCUGUUUGACGAAUCAAAAAUUGACGAAGAAAAACUUGCUGCUGACUCGCACGAAAAUGCUGAGGCGCAGGCCCAUUCUACUUAUGGAUCUCAAGAUGACCCUUCGGACGAUCAACCUAAGAAGUCUCACGAUGAAGGUGAGCGACAAAGCAUCACCUCACCACCUGAAGACGCGGAACCACAAACUGCAGCCUUGACUGAAAACAGCAAGGCGCAGACUCCUUCCGCUCAUGGAUCUCAAAAUGAGACCAAUCCACCAGCCGCACCCAAAUCCGACAACCCUCCUCCCACCUCGACUGAAGAAAAAGACGAUGAAGACGAUUGGGAGAGCGACUCAUCAUCUUCUGCGGACGACGGCAACCUCACUGCAGCCUUUGUUCAAAACAAUGUGGCGCAGGCUCAAGAAAGAUCUGUAAACGGGAACCAGGAUGAGACUUCGAGCGAGCAAUCAGGGCAGACUCAAGAAGCAUUCUCCUCAAAUGAAUCGGCUGGUGGUAUUGUCCCAUUAGCUGAGAACCAGAAUAUCGAAGUCGCUGCUCCAGUACCUCCACAAGCGGCUCUAAUCAACGAGCGUACAUCGAGAAACUCACGCCCUCAGGGUGUUCGAGAACCCUGCAAUGCGUGGAGUCCGUAUGGUCGAAAUACCCGCACAGGUGGAAGAUCUGAGCGAGGUCCCGCUUCACUGUCAUCGCGUGUACAAGCAGGGGCUAGAGGAAAUAGAGCUGGAGAAUUGACCAACGUCGAUCGACCAUCGCUGUUCCAACAAACCAUGUCCGAAAUGGACGCUGGAGGCAGCAAUACCCAUCAAACUUCUCUCUCGACACCUCGUCCUGGUACGGGAUAUAACUUCAACUUUAAUUCUAUGGUCCAACAACAAGCGCCUACACCACCGGCUGCUCUGAUGCUUGGACCGUACACUAUUGAAGUCCCAUCUCAACCAGCAGCACCUGCGACCGCCCCUUUCACUCUUGGAAGAUACACCGUUGACCCCCCUCCACAGGCCCAACCAGAAGCAAUACCGCUUCCUUACACUUCAGGAGAUGAUGCAGUUGAUUUCCCCGAUUCUCAACAGGAGGCGACAGUUCCCGCACCAUCCAGCUGCGAGUCCACACAGGCUGAGAUCGAUCCAGCGCAAGUGCCCCUUCCUUUCACGCCAGGGGAUGACGAGAUUGAUUUCCCAGUCCGUCGACGGAAGGCAAGAGAACCGGCACAAACGACAAGCGAGACUCUCCAAGUCAUUAUCGACUUGGAAGCCGAUGAAGAAUCUAAAUCGGCGGCUCCAACGCUUGGAAACCACACUCUUGAGGCACCUGAACAACAGGAACAAGAAUUCUUCUCGAUGCAGGCCAUGACAGAUGUACUGAGCCAAAUGCAGUUCCAACUAGCCCAAGAGGAUCAGGCUGCCCUACAAGCACAACAUCUUCAACAGGCUCAAGCCCAAGCGGGACAAGAGGCACAAGCACGAGCGCAUCAGGAGGCUCAAGUACGAUAUUUUCGAGAGGCUCAAGCACGAUAUGUUCAGCAGGCUCAGGCACAAGCGGAACAGGAGGCACAAGCACGAGUGCAACAGGAGGCUCAAACGAUGCGAUUAGCAGCCCAAGAUGUUCCUCUACAAGCAGCGCAUACUCCACUGCCUCUGCUGUUUUUCAAUCCUCCUCAGGAGCCUCAAGACCAAGAGAUGUUCAUCCAAGAUGCAGCAAAUCCCAGCCCGCAAUACAACAAUGACAUGGAACAUAUCCGUGACGGCCCGUCUGCUCCUUCCAAUCCACCGGCCACAACUCUCCCUGGACCAUCUGGGGGUCAUCACGGCCCGCAACAAGCUCCACGAGUUCACGCCGAGGCUCACUCUCGAAUAAGCUAUGAUCCAGCACAAGAUGAUGUCCUGAUUGAUGAGGAUAACAUGGAAGCCAUGUUCGGAAAUGCCUACGGGACAGACGCCAGUGCCUUCGACCACCGAUUCGGGUAUCAACCCACCCUGCCUACAAACAGUGGCUUUCCCUCGGCUACCACGGUGGAAGCACCAGUUUCAACGGUGGCAGAACAAGCCGUGGCGUUUCCAGGCUUUGGCAGACCUCAGCAGGGCAUUGAAUCUGGAGACUUGUAUGGCGAUAGAAACUCCAAGCAGGGCUCUCCAGAGCCAAUGACAGUCGAUGGAAAUGGCGAUGAGGAUGGAGACUGGCAAGAUCCUGACGUGGAUAUGGAUGACGUUGACAUGACUCAACCAGCUGAUACUGUGCCUGCUAUGAUGCCGCAGUUCGACAAUCAAUAUGUUGGUGACAUGGGUGACUUCCAAGAAGCACAACAACCCCUGGAAGACUUCCAGGAAGACGACCGGUGGAAUGAGCCAAACUAUGGACCGGUGGCUUUUACAGACGAAGAGGUGCGGGACUUUUAUCAGCAGGGUGGAUUGUUGAUCAACAGCACCCCAGUCCCACAAGAUCAGACUUUGCAUUCGGCAUGGGAUCCAGUUGCAACCGUGGCCAGCCAAGAUCGGUUCGGCAAUGCUUUCAGACCAGGCGCCGAUCCCAACGUUUCUCUAAGCGGACGUCUGAGGAAUGAUCAGGUUCACCAAGACUGGUUGAACAAAAGCGUCUAUGCGGACGCCGAUCAGUUUGAGGCACCCGGUCCUGCAGGUGAAUGGCUUGACAACAAUAUCCCAUUUGAUGAGGAUGAGGGUCCCGACGCCAACAAAGCAGGGUGGACUGGUGAAGACGCCGACUUCGACGACGGGUCGCGAAGGGAACUCGAUGAUGCCGACAAAGACUUGAGAGCGCUCCUUGACCACGAUGACAGUCCUCGAUCUGGCCCUUCCGGCGACAAUGGUUCGAGUCUGGGCAGGCGGUCCCCGCCAAACCAGAAUUACGCCGAUGAUGAUGGCCAGGAGCACACUGCAUACGAGUCACAGUCGGAAAGCGAUGGUAAACCAUACGUUGUCUCUGAUGCAGGGGACCCUGAAGCCCAGUUCCCGAGUCAAGACGGAUCAAAUGCCGGCGAAGACUGGGAAGAUCCCGAUCAAGAUCUGUCGGACACAGACUCUAAUGCUGAAAGAGAAAGGCUAUAUCAAGAAGGCUUGCAACAGAUUCGGAAUAUUUUGGCCGAACACCAAGUUGCUCCCACUCGUCCAGAUCUUCCUCGCGAAUUCGAGCCUGUUCCCGGACAAGGCAACCAAGAACGAGUCGCAUAUGACUGGGUCGUACGAAAUCCGGGGUGGUUACGCACUCCACUAGGCCAACAUUUCUUGGAAAGCGAUCCCACGUUCGCUUCUACUCGGAGCGAGCUUGUCGUGGCCAGGUUAAGAUAUCCUGCAACUUGGGAGCUACCUGACCAUGAGUCGGAAUCGGAAUCGGAAGAUGAAUCUGACGAGUCCGAGGAAGAAUGA